AUGAAGUGGAAGUACAUGGGCCAUAGCGAGUCCACGGUUGAGCUCUACAUCGUCGUUCAAUGCGACAAGACAGUCUCUAAGAAGGUCAAGGACUUCUUCGCGCAGGAGCACGUCGCCAGAGACCUCGGAACUGAUUUCCGUCUCCAUGUAGUCGAGGAAGCUCUCACGAGAUUCGCCGCGAGUAACGAUAUCCGAGCUUUUGGCAAUUUCAGGCUCAGAAACACACUGUGUGGCGUGAAAGUUCAGCUGAGUCUGUCUGGCAUGUCUCGCACGGCUACGAUUGGCGGCCUAAUUAUGGUCACGACAACGAAGGAAACUUUGUUCGGUAUUACAGCUGGGCAUCCGCUUUCCGAACUUCGAGAACAAAUUGAAGAACCCCUAACCCCACCGGACGAGAGUGGAACCGAUGACGGAUUCGGGGACCAUGAAUCAGAGACGCUGCCAGAAACUGGCGGGGAGGAAUCUCUCCAUGGCGACUCCGCUGACGAGCAUGGUCUAAGGGUUGAUCUAGGGAGAGUAACCCAUGAUUCAUUUCUGAGUGGGAUGACGACUGGUGGCAACCAUGAUUGGGCACUUAUUGAGCUGAAGCACGAGAAUUGGCUUCCAAACCGUCUUGAUGCGCCAUCGAACUCAGAAACAGCCGGCAAAACAAUAGUCCAACGUGAACGACGGGGUGAUGUCGUCGACCUAUUUUGCCCUGAGCAACAGUCAAAUUUCUCGGUGCAACCCGCUGUUGCCAUCACUUGUCGGGGCAUCCAACGAGGCACUCUAACUCAGAACAACUCAUCAGUCCUGAUGUAUCCGGGUAAAGCCUUCGUUGAAACCUUGGAAUUUACUCCGGACUCAAACUCAGCUCUCGGAUUUGGUGAUUCUGGAUGCUGGGUGGUGAAUGAGCUCACUGGGGAAGUCUAUGGUCAUAUUGUGUCAAUGGAUGCAUUUGGUGAAGCAUACGUGAUGCCGAUUCAGGGUAUGUUGAGCGACAUUCAAGUGCACCUGCAGGCGGAAAAAGUCAACCUUCCCACAUCAGAAGGUAUAGCCCUUCUACAGAGCCUGAACACACAAUCUGUGACAAAAAAAGAUCAACCCAUGCCUUCGAGAUCUGAUCUCCCCCGCCAGGCCGAAGUCCAAGAUACGGUCAGCUAUCCGGAAACACAACAAGAGACCGAACGAACACGUGCGCUUCUUGAAAACUCAAAUCACGACGCCAGAGUCGUCUCUGAUGGUGAUCCAGUCCAACACAGGCUUUCUGACCGGAGCGAACUGCUGUGGCGAGAGCUUUCGCAAGAGCAAACUCAGCAUGCCCAUACUCGAGCCAAUUUGGAGCAACACAUAAUGAGGGUCUCCGAAACGCUUUGGGAAACGAGGCAGACGGUGAGAGGUUUGGAGUGUGAGCUUUCGCAUGAGAGGGAGAUGAAGGAAGCUUUGGAGAGGCAGCUUUCGCAUGAGAGGGAGAUGAAGGAAGCUUUGGAGAGGCAGCUUUCGAACGAGAGAAAGGUGUGGAAAGGUUUGGAGAGGGAGCUUUUCGAGAGGGAGAGAAGGAAAGGUCUGGAGACUGCAGAGAAGAGGGAGAGUUCGGAGGAGAGGAAGGAGAGGGCGAGGAAGCGUUUGCACGAAGGGUCCACGAUCCACAUUAAUGAGGGCGGGACUGUGUUCAAUGCUACUCGAGGCGAGACUGGCGUGUUCGGGAUAGGUGGAAACAAGGGUGUCCACCGAUAUGAGUAA